AUGGGUAUGCUUUCCCAAGAAAACUUAAAAAAGCCGUACCUCAAAGGAGAUGUUGAGGUCGCCAACGGGGAUGAUGAGACAGUGUGCAAGAGAUUGGCACCUGGAGAAAAGUGCAGAGAGCCGGCGUGGUGGUUGAGGGCGGCGAGGCGAGAUCCGAAGGGGACUCCGGAGACGUCGUACUGGAUGAGCUGUGAUGGAAAUGCUGAAGAAAUUAGUGAUAAAAUACUUGUUACAGAGCUCGACGCAUGCCACGAGCACGAAGAUGAACGCGAUCGCUGCAUCGAGUACACUGCCUCUCCUCACCAAAGCUCUCCGCUCCGAUUCGGCGAUCCCCUCUCUGCCCACAGAUCCGCACUUACUCUCACUAAAUCUAUGAGUAAUGCUAAAACUUCAACUCUUUUACAUUACUUCACCCAACGAAAACCUUCCAAAGGUGGAUGGGACGCCGCCAUUUUCAUCAUCUUCGUUGAAGUGGCGGAGCGAUUUGCUUUCUGUGGGCUGGCUAGCAACCUCCUCACGUACCUCACAGAUGAACUCCACGAGCCCACCUCCACGGCGGUGAAGAUUGUGAACACUUGGGUCGGCGUCUCUUAUCUCUUCCCCGUACUUGGAGCCUUCACCGCCGACUCCUUCCUCGGCCGGUUCAGGACCAUCCUUGUCGCCUCCAUCAUUUACUGCACGGGAAUUGUUUUGUUGACACUAUCGGUUUCGGUAUUACCUUUGCAUGAUCGGAAAGCAAUAUUUUUCAUAGCGCUUUACAUAAUAGCUGUAGGCGAAGGCGGCCACAAGCCAUGCGUGCAAACCUUUGCGGCCGAUCAGUUCGACGAGAACUUGCCGGAGGAGAAGAAGGCAAAGAGCUCAUUCUUCAACUGGUGGUACGCCGGGAUAAUGGUUGGCGCCACUUCUUCCACACUAGCGGUAGUAUACAUCGAGGAUAAUAUCAGUUGGGCGGCUGGGUUUGGAGCCUUGGCGGCAGCGUUGGCGGUGUCACUGGCAAUAUUUCUGCUAGGAAUUAAGAGGUACAGGAAGCAGGGUCCUCUGGGGAGCCCCUUCACUUCGGUGGCUCAGGUGGUUGUGGCGGCGGCACGCAAGUGGCGCAUGGACAAGACAAGCCGCGUUUGUUGUGAAGAUCAGAGAAGUGGGGUCUACGAAGAUGGUCAACCCAAGGCUAGGACUUUGGCCCAUACCGAUCAGUUGAGAUUUUUGGACAAGGCAACGAUCAUAGACAACAUUGAUGCAACAAGAGAAAGCAGAAAUCCAUGGAGGCUAUGCUCACUAAAUCAAGUGGAAGAAGUGAAGCUCGUCCUCCGCCUCAUCCCCAUAUGGUUGACCUCCUUAAUGUUUGCCGUUGUGGCAACCAAUUUCCAGACCUACUUCACCAAGCAAGGCAGCACAAUGAUCCGAUCACUCGGGCCGCACUUCCAACUUCCCGCAGCAUCGCUCCAAGCCCUUCUUGGCAUCACUAUCAUGAUCGCCAUUCCGGUGUACGACCGAAUCUUCGUCCCAAUAACUAGAAGAUUCACCGGUCACCUAUCAGGUAUAACUUUGCUGCAAAGGAUAGGCAUCGGUCUAUUCUUGUCAUUGCUUAACAUGGUGGUGUCAGCUUUGGUAGAGGCCAAAAGGGUCGGCGUGGCGAAAGAAUACAACAUCUUGGACAACCCGAAAGCAACAGUUCCGAUGAGCGUGUGGUGGCUGCUUCCACAAUACAUAUUGUGUGGGUUGUCCGACGUGUUCACAUUUGUUGGGCUACAAGAGUUGUUCUACGAUCAAAUGCCGGAGUCGAUGAGAAGCUUGGGAGCAGCAGGAUACGUUAGCGUCGUAGGCGUUGGGAGCUUCGUUAGCAGUGCUGUUAUAUCGACUGUGGAGGCAAUCAGCUCGAGCUGUGGCGAAGAAUGGCUUGGUGACAAUCUUAACCGUGCACACCUUGAUUACUUCUACUUGGUGCUGGCUGGGUUGAGUGCUUUGAAUUUGUGUGUUUAUGUGUGGGUUGCUAAGUGUUUUGUGUACAAAAAAGUUGAAGGGGAUGAUGAUGAUAUACACGCAUAA